CCCACCGAACACGCCGAGCGCCCAUCUCUAUUGCGUUUCGAAUAUUUCAUUUAUACGCACGGGUACGGUAGACUCGAUCCGAACAGGCAAACGUUCAAAAUUAUUGCACAAAAUUAUAAGUAAACGCCCCGCGCGCAUCCCACCGCCCAUAUUGGGUACCUCGUUGUUUCGGUGGUUCCCUGAAAUACCGGAAAAGUGUUUGUUAAUCGUGAAGUUUUCCCAAUGAAGCACUGAAUCAGAACGACCGACAGCAACAACAACGCAACAGAAAAGAGUGGAUAAAGAAAACAGACAGCAAAAUGCUAGAACCGCCGAAAUUCAUCGAGAAUGAUUGCUAUAACGGCAGCCGGACCUUCACUUGGCUGGCGGAUAUGGUGGGCCUCUCCGUGGACUUGGUAAACUUUUUGAUUUGCCAAAUAUCUGCUCUCUUCCUGGCCUCGCUAUUCCGGUCGACGCUGCAUCCUUCGAAGGUUUCCAGCAAAUUGCGCCACACAUUCGCCCUAUCGAUUGGCCUGGCCUUCGGCUACUUUUGCUUUGGUCAGCAGGCAAUCCACAUUGCCGGAUUGCCGGCAAUAUGUUACAUCGUCAUCCGCACGCAAGAUCCACGCAUUGUCCAAAGAGCCGUCCUGCUGGUAGCCAUGUGUUAUCUGCUGUGCGUACACUUGAUGCGCCAGCUUUACGACUACGGAUCCUAUGCCCUGGACAUAACCGGGCCCCUGAUGAUCAUCACUCAGAAGGUAACCAGCCUGGCGUUCAGCAUUCACGAUGGCUUUGUGCGGGGCGAUGAGGAACUCACCAAGGCGCAGCAGUACCAUGCCAUCCGCAAAAUGCCCUCUGCUUUGGAGUACUUCUCCUACGUGUGGCACUUCCAAAGCAUCCUAGCCGGUCCUCUCGUUUUCUACAAGGAUUACAUCGAAUUCGUUGAAGGCUACAAUUUGCUGAGCACUCCACCAGGCAAUGGAAAUCUCGACAACAGUAAGAGAGAAGUAGUGCUGGAACCUUCGCCUACUAAAGCGGUAAUACGUAAAGUAGUUGGUAGUCUUGUGUGCGCUUUCAUCUUCAUGAAGUUCGUGAAAAUAUAUCCCGUGAAAGACAUGAAGGAGGAUGACUUUAUGAACAAUACCAGCAUGAUCUACAAGUACUGGUACGCCAUGAUGGCUACCACCUGCAUACGCUUUAAGUAUUAUCACGCCUGGCUCCUAGCGGAUGCCAUAUGCAACAACUCAGGUCUAGGUUUCACCGGCUACGAUAAGGAUGGCAAUUCCAAGUGGGACCUGAUAUCUAACAUCAAUGUGCUGUCGUUCGAGUUUUCAACGAACAUGCGCGAUGCCAUCAACAACUGGAACUGCGGCACCAACCGCUGGCUGCGAACGCUUGUCUAUGAACGGGUGCCCAAGCAGUACGGCACGCUCCUUACCUUCGCCCUCAGCGCCGUCUGGCACGGCUUCUAUCCGGGCUACUACCUGACCUUCGCCACCGGCGCUGUCGUUGUGACGGCUGCGCGCACCGGCCGGCGACUCUUCCGUCAUCGCUUCCAGAGCACGCAGGUCACGCGAAUGUUCUACGACAUCCUCACCUGCCUCAUCACACGAGUCGUACUGGGCUACGCCACAUUCCCAUUCGUUCUGCUUGAAUUUAUGGGCAGCAUCAAAUUGUACCUGAGAUUUUAUUUGUGCCUUCACAUCAUUUCACUAGUGACCAUAUUUAUUUUACCCAAGUUUAUACGCGGCGAACGCCGGCUUCGGACGUCGAAUGGCAACGGAAACGUGCGCUUGUCGGGCAGCGGCAAUACCAAGGAUGCUGUGACCACUAGUUUGGAGUCUACAGCAGCCUUAACCGCUGGCAAUGAUCUCAACGAGGAUAAAGAGGAGGAUAAACACGCUCAAUGUAAAGUCCACACGCCCACACACCAGCAGCCAGCUGCUGGCCCACACAAAACAAGCGUAGAACAACCAACCGAGCAACCAAACAAUGUAAAUCUUCGAUCACGCCCACAGCAGCAGCAGCCACAUCUCGAAAAGAAGGCAAUGCCCACAUGCGCCCGGGACGCCGUUAGUGUUCCCCAUGACCAAUGCGAGAUGGAUCAGUUGUCCAGCAAGCUUAAGGAAAAGAUCGAGGCGGAGACCAAAAACAUAGAGGAGUUUAUUGAUAAGACUGUUACCGAAACCGUGAGCGGCAUUGUAGAGUUCAAGAACGACCUGAUGCGGGACAUCGAGUUCCCCAAGCUAAAGCUACCCGGCAGCAACGGCGCAAUUUCUUCGGACUCUUCAAAUGGCGGUGGGCUGCGAAAGCGCAACAUAUCCUCUGUCCAUGACAAUGGCACAGAUCCUGGCCAUGCUACCGCUGACCUCCAUCCUCCUCUCGAGGAGAACGGCGCCGCCUUUCUAAAGAAGGAGAUCGAGGUAAUCAACGCGGUGGUGCAACAAGCAGUGCCGGCAGUGCUUAGCAACGGUCAUGCAAAAUAGUAGCAUUGGCCAGCAAGUGUGAGGAGAUCGAACAAAACAACGAGGACGAGGGUGGAACGGCAGGGAUUGGAAGCAGUCAGGGGCCAAAAUGGGUGCUCCAUAUCUGAUUAAUUGAUUAAUAUAUAUACUGCGAGAUUUAUCCAAUGCGCACACGAUAUUCGCACACACAAACAAUUGCAACAACUUUUUGGUUUCUUAUUUAAUAAAUUGUUUUCGUUGACAAUCCUGAAGUAAAGAAAUUGUUUACCCUAAUGCAAGUGUUUAGGACGGCUGAUUAUUUAAGAAAAAACUAAAGUACACUAACAUAAUCGGUAUGUUCAUCAGCAGCUAAUACCCUUGUUUAAAUGUGCACAAAGUCUCUAAUUGUUGUUGAAAGUCUAUAUACAUUUGUAGUUGUUUGUUUGUUAAUAUCCCACGGCCUGAGACGAACAGUGCGUUUAAACCAAACCCGAAACAUAUCCGCUAGAUUAAUAAAAACCCUGAAAAAGUUGAGAUAAUCGACAGAUAUGUAUGCAUGUCGAGUACCAGACAAGGGAAGGCUUUUUGAUGAGUUUAUAAAAAAAAAACCCCCGAACAAGAAAACUAAAAACGCACUGUUUGAGUCACGACUUUUAUCGAAAACUAAUCCAUAUAUAUGUGUGUAAGCCUGCAUAUGUUAAAAUGUUUACCAUAUAGUCUAUGUGCGAACAACUAAAUCAAUUUUCCAGUAUGAUUACUAUUGUAGUUCAAAUCCCGCCCGAAGGAACAACAACGUGACAAGUAGAACCAAUGAUAUCACCUUCAAUCUAAAAACAAAAGCCUAAAACAAAAGUCAACCAAAUCCUAACUUUAGACUGAAGCUAUUGACAUUUACUAAGCAAACAAAAAGCAAAAGAAAAAAGUUAGUUAGUAAGCCGUCGAGUUGAUUUUGAUAUUAAAUUUAAACCAAUUUUUGUACAAGUGCGUAAGAGUGUCUGGACGGGAGUACCGGCGUGCUCCUCAUUUAUAUAUCGUUUCCAAACCGGCUUAUUAGCUGGCUCUUUUUUAAAUGUUCGUGUCCUCCACUUGUGGCUUCCUACUCCGUAGCUCUUAAGCAUGCUCUUUAUAUAACCUUUUUGUUUUACCCAUUAAUUUGUUAAAUCCAAUAAACGAUUUUUCCAGAAAUCCUUACACGUAA